AUGUCAACCACCGAUAGAGAUCCGUCUCCUCCGGAGUCCGACGUCGGACCUUCACCUUCUGUCGAAAAGGUUGAACCUGAUAUGCCGUCUUUCGAACCGUUAUUUACGCUUUUGACGAAUUCGACUACGAAUACUACUGUUCACCCGCGCAUUCACUACCUAUUCUCGGACGAUGACCACUCUAUUCUUUCCACGCCCGUGCAAGAUCCAUCGCAGCGCGCGCUUGUAGUCGACCUCGCGCCCGCCCCCGAAGGUUCAGCUAGUCGCUGGGCUGUAUCCUGGGCGUCCAGCUUAACACCCGACUUUGCGGUAACAGAAUCCAGUAUCGCAGUGCAACAAAGCGAAGGCGAUGAGACCGGCGGCGCGAUGCUGCGCGUUGAAGGCGUUGAGCGCGAACCCGUUGAGGCGAGACCUGACUCAUUACCUGGGUCUGGAAGUGGCGCUAUAGGAGGUGAAGAUGUUGAUGUGCUGGCAGAGGAUUUCAAAAGACGGAUGGGGGUGCUGAAGAAGGUUGUUGAUGAGGGUGAGAGGAGACGUGCGGCGAUGGGACAACAGGAAGAGACUCAGCCCAUCGUAGACGAUGGAGUUGCGCCGGAUGAAGCGGUGAUUGACUCUGAAGAAGACAAAGGGAAGGGAAAAGCAAAGGCGGAGGAUGAUUGA